UCUCUUUGAGAUGGAGGGAGCAUCAUCACACUUUAUAGUGUUUUCAAAAUAAAUUACUAGUAAAGGGUGAAUUUGAGCGCUAAAACCACUAGGUGCGAACAGUGACACCACAUUUCAAAUUUGAAUGCUAAAUUCUCUUUGAUCUCUUCAACUGCAUCGCAUCGCACCUGAAUCGCUUCCAUAUUUCCAUUUUGGUUUUGGAAUUACUAGUAUGGGCUGUGUUUCGUCCAAUCUGCUUAACCACGACGACGAUUUCAGCCAAAUCGGUGGCUCUGGAUUAGGUCACCACAUUGUCUCCCUCACCUCCACCACUUACGGCCUCUUAACCCUAGACCCUCCACCUUGUAAUAGUAAUUCCGACACCACCCGAGUCCCUCCAACCCGCUUCACCCUCGGCUCGGUCUUCCCGAGCCCACUCUCUGACGACGACGACGACGAUUCCAGCUCACAACCACAACCACAACCACAGCCAUCCGAGGUCAUCAACUCUUGGGAACUCAUGGCCGGCCUUGACACCACCACCGCCACCAGCUUCCGCUUCUCUCCACCAUCCCAACCUUCCAAACCACUUCCGAUCAAACACAACAACAACAAAGAAAAUUCAAACCCUAACAUGAUGCCCCUCCGUACCACUACUUCCGAUGAUAAAUCAAGCGUUUUUUUAAGGCCAUUAAACAACAUCACCAUCCUUCCGAGACCAUCGUCUGUACUCAGGUCCUCGCUAGAUGCCUUUGAAAACCUAUGCCCUCCCAACGGAGAAAACAGGGUUGUGAUCUAUACGACAACGUUGAGAGGGAUACGGAAGACGUUCGAGGACUGCAAUGCUGUGAGAACGACCAUCGAAGGUCUUGGUGUGCUUGCGUGCGAGAGAGACAUUUCCAUGGAUAGAGGAUUUAAGGAGGAGCUUAGGGAGCUGAUGAAGGGUAAAGAAAGCACCCAAUUGGUCCCUCCCAGAGUGUUUGUGAAGGGAAGGUAUAUGGGUGGAGCUGAAGAGGUUAUGAGGAUUGUUGAACAGGGCUGUUUUGGAGAGUUGCUUCAAGGGUUGCCUAGAUUGAGAGCUGGUUUUGUGUGCGAGGGUUGUGGGGGUUUGAAGUUCUUGCCCUGUUUUGCCUGUAGCGGAAGCUGCAAGAUGAUGAUGAUGUUGGCGGUGAAGGAAGAGAUGGGCCAACAGAAAGAAAAGAGGAAGACUGUUGUGGUAAGGUGCCCUGACUGUAAUGAAAAUGGGUUGGUGCUCUGCCCCAUCUGUAGCUGAUCCACUCAAUGUCAAUCAACUAUGUUCAUCUCAUCUUCUUUUGGAAUUGGUUACUCAGUGUCCAAAGUAAUAGUCAACAACAUUUGGGCCUACAAGUUGGAGUGAGAUGAUAACCUCUCCGGUGCAAGAGUAGCCAAUCAAUUCCUUCUAUGUAGGGUCCAUCGGUAAAGCCCUCAUUUGUGGUUCGUCUAACCAUUAUCAUUUCAUGUUGUAACUGGGUCUUGUGUCUUGAGGCUUAAGGAUGUGGUUCAUGCAAUCACUUCACCAACGGAUUGAUUACGACCUCUGUUUAUAUGUGUGUGUAUUAAAUGAUGUUUGUCUAAUAAUACAGGAAAUCUUAAUCUGAGUUUUAUGAAAAUG